AUGAAUGGACUUCGGUUCUUCACAAGGCUCUAUUCUAAUGGACCAGCAAGACGGCCGAAUAGGAGAACAAAGCAACCAGCAGAACCGCCGUUUCAACAACAAUUUCAACAACAGCCGCAAACUUCAUCGCCUGCUUCAACCGCACUACUAUAUAUGGUUGGAGGCUAUUUGGCCGUCAUCAAUGCUGCAAGUUUUGGCCUCUUUUGGUACGACAAGGAGAUGGCCAGAGCAAAAAAAUGGAGAGUUCCUGAGAAAACAUUACAGCUCUCAGCACUCGCUGGCGGUUGGAUCGGAGGCAUGUUUGCGAUGACGACAUUCAAGCACAAGACUGUUAAAACCGAGUUCAGAAUACCCUACUUCAUCUGCACUGGAUUGAACAUGAUAAUGUUAACCGGCCUGGCUUACACGUAUCGACGGCAUCCAGCUCUACUCAAAUACUUGGGCCACUUAUGA